CAAUGCUACGGUACAGGCGAGUUCAAAUCAAAGACCUCGUAUGGAUAUUGCCUGUGUUUUGGACAUCACACACUCUACUAAUUUGGCCCAAAGAAAGCGAGCUUUAGAAGAGGUUCGGCUGGUAUCUGAACUGGUUAAUGCUAAUCUGCACCAUAUCCCGUUCGAAACUCUAGACUUCGGUGAGACCAGUGUAUUAGACACAUUUUACAAUGCAGAUGUAGCACUUGUGGAUAUCAGCUUACAAUUGCAACAGAGUGCUUUGCUAUACCAUCUUGGAGUCCGAGAAAGCUUUGACAUGAAAGAGAAUGUACUGCUGUAUAAUGAUGUUGAUUCGGAUGCUACAUUGAGAUUGAAGGUAUCAUUGCCAAAUUUCCUGUUCGUCUCAUACAAACUUACGGAUGCUGGUACAUGUGUGACUACUAACCCGGCAGCAGCGAAAUUCAAAGGCGAAGAUGUCCUUGAUCCUAAACAACAUUUGAUGCUGAGACUUAGGAAUAUAUUGCAAGAUGUUGAAGUUCAAACCAAAGCACAUCUCCAAGAGAAAUUCCUAUCAGACCUUCGUAAAGCGCGUGAGAGCUACUCUGGCUCGGAACUGGCCAGUGUACUCCACGCCAUGCGACGUCGACUAGACGACCCUGCCGUACUGUCCGGAGACACAAUAUUGAACAUGCUUAUAUCCUUUCGGGAAAUACAAGAUUACGACGCGAUAGUACAGGUCGUUGACGAUUUGAAGACCAUCAUGAACAGAAAGAACUAUGUCAACAUGCCCAUUAUACGUUUUCUUUAUGUAUUUGCUAUGAACAGACGAAAUAAAGAAGGCGAUCGAGAAAAUGCGCUCAAAGUAUGCGUAAAAGCGUUAGAAAAGAAAGAAAAUCGAUUUCCAGACAUGUUGUGUCUUUGCGGGCGAGUCUACAAAGACAAAUUCGUUGAAUCAGGUCACACGGAUAUUGAAAGUUUAAAUAACGCUAUUUAUUGGUACAGGCAGGGUUUUGAAGUACAGCCCAAUGAGUACGCUGGCAUUAAUUUAGCGACACUGUUAGUGAUUGCGGGCAAUGAUUUCAAGAGUUCACAGGAGUUGCAACAUAUCGGACGGGUUCUCAACCACUUAAUCGGCAAGAAAGGCAGUCUCUCUUCUCUCAAAGAGUACUGGGACGUUGCUACGUUCUUCGAAAUCUCUGUACUCGCUCAAGAUUACGUAAAAGCUAUACAAGCAGCCGAAUGCAUGUUCAAGUUGAAACCGCCGAAUUGGUACCUCAAAUCUACUAUCGGAAACAUUGAGCUUAUUGACAGAUUUAGAAAGAAGAAUGAAGAGACGUCACCCGAACAACAGGUAUUCUCAUUCUGGAUGGAGUUUUUCGUGGAAGCAACAAAGAGUAGCUGCGAAAACGUCAUUCGAUUUCCUGUACUAAUAUUAGAAACAACGAAAGUAUUCAUGCCGUCGUACGUGAACGUGAACAUGGGUGCCGAGGAGAAGUCUGUAGAGAUAUUGAACUUGUGUCUCGACUGUAUCCGCGGAGACUGCCGGCAGGUGCAUCGGUGGCUCUUCACUUCGGACAUGAUUCGGACUUACAGUUUAUACAAACGCGACGAACGUUGCUUAUUCCUGUACGUGAGUGAGAAUUCGGACGAUUUCCAAAUAUUCCUUCCGUCUCAACAGUGCCGGCAACGCCUUCACGAUUUGUUAGGAGAACUGACUGCUGAUCAUGAAAAGGUCACUGAUUUGGAUACAAGUGUUAUGCAAGAUCAGCUUAAGUUCGAAUACGAAUACGACGAUUGCAACAAACGAGUUGUGCUAGGUAAAGGCACAUACGGCGUUGUGUACGCUGCGAGAGACCUUAACACCCAAGUGAGGAUUGCUGUGAAAGAAAUCCCAGAGAAAAACUUAGGCGAUGUACAACCGUUACACGAGGAGAUAUUGUUGCAUUCGCAAUUGAGGCAUCGUAAUAUUGUGCAGUACCUGGGCUCCAUAUCAGAAGGCAACUACUUCAAGAUCUUCAUGGAGCAAGUGCCGGGAGGUUCCCUCUCGGCUCUUCUACGGUCUAAGUGGGGGCCGCUUAAAGAAAACGAAGCUACUAUCUCUUAUUACACCAAGCAGAUCCUUGAAGGCCUAAAGUACCUGCACGACCAAAAAAUCGUACAUCGUGACAUAAAAGGCGACAACGUACUUGUUAACACGUACAGUGGGGUCGUCAAGAUAUCCGACUUCGGUACCUCAAAGCGUUUGGCUGGAUUGUGUCCAUCGACUGAGACUUUCGCGGGCACACUGCAAUACAUGGCGCCGGAGGUCAUUGAUAAAGGACAAAGAGGAUAUGGGGCACCGGCUGAUAUCUGGUCUCUUGGGUGCACUGUUGUAGAGAUGGCUACAGGGAAUCCACCAUUCAUCGAGUUGGGGUCUCCUCAAGCAGCUCUCUUUAAGGUGGGCUACUACAAAAUGCACCCAGAGAUUCCGAGCGAGUUAUCUCAGAAAGCGAAAAAUUUCAUAUUGCGUUGCUUCAUACCGGAACCGGAGCAACGAGCCUCGGCAGCUGAAUUACUCGAAGAUCCUUUCCUUUGCGAAAAAAAGAAGUCGACCAACCGCCUUGGAGGCACCGUGGACUACAGUCGCAGCAUCUCCGUACCAGCCGACAAGGCUCGUCUAAACACAACACAGAAGAAAAUAUCCGAACCUUGCAUGCCCGGAGCUCUACCCAGUUCGCCAGAAAUCGAGGUGAAAACGAUCCGGUCUAACCCGACCAUCACUAGGACGGCCUCGUCGAUGCUCUCACCGAUACUGAUUUGUCCACCGGACUUGUCGAAUAGCAGUACGAUGCCUAAUACUCCUUCGACAGAAGAAAUGGAUAACGGUGAUUCAGUUUUAAACAGAAGGAGUUCUUCUGGUGGUUUACUGUCUCCAGAGGUGGACAUGCCAAACGUGCCUCGCUCGUCCAUAGACGUGGAACAUGAUGGUUUCUAUCUACUGAAGAAAGAUUCACAGCGACGCAUCACACUCUCCCGUGUGCUGGAGCAGGACUGCGAAAAAAUAUGCUCUAAAUGGAUGCUCACCAUACAGCAGGAUUUCGGAAACACUGUCUUGACCAUGAAUCAUCUGGAAACCCUUAGAUGCGCUCUAAAAGCCUAUAUAACGGACCAAAAUCGAAGCGUCAUCGAACAAGCCAUUACAAGUCUAAAGGAAGAACUAGACUUCGACGCUAAAGCGAUAAAUGAGUUGCAUUCAGCAAUUUAUAUGUUCCAAGAAGCUGUGAACGCGGUGUUGAGGAUGCAUAGUAUUAAACCUCAUUGGAUGUUUGCGCUUGACAAUCUUGUGAGGAAUGCUGUACAAGCUGCUAUUACUGUAUUGUCUCCUGAAUUAGGAGCGAACCUAGCCGGGCAAGACUCCCGUCGCGGCGGUGGCGAUAGAGUGAACAGCUGCGGGGCGCAGGACAACGCCACGCCUUCCGCCUUGUCCACAGCCAAUUCCACGCGGGAUAAUCAGCUGCACCAACUGCGACAGGAGAACCAUAAGCUUCAUCAAGAAUUGUUGGAGAGCUAUCAGCAGUACCAAGGUUUGCUUAGACUGAUGCUUGAAGAGCAGCGAACGCAAACGCAAAUCUUACGAGAAAUUAUUGAAAAGAAGGAAAAGUCUCCAAUCCCCGAAGAAUUGGAAAUGGUAAACCCCGAUGUGCUAAUCCCUCUCCGCGAGUGGGUGACGUCACGCGGCGUACCCGAGUCAGCAGCGCAUGCGCUCGCAUUGCACGAAUUCACUCUGACAGACUUGUUUGAACACGCGCAGCGGGAAGAUAUUUCGCGGUUGAAUCUCAAAUUGGGAGUGGAACUGCGACUAUGGCGAGCGAUUCGCGAUCACCGUCUACAAUCAUCGCUGAAUUUUCGACGCACGAGCAGCACUGAAACUGACAUGGAUACAAACACGUCGUACUAUCUCAAAUCAUUCGAAUAUCUCAAAUAAUUCGAAUACGUCAAACAAUUCGAAUUGCUCGAAUAACCCUACAGUCGUGAUAAGAGAGAGAGAGAAUGGAGAUGAUAGAGAAGCUGAGUUUUAUGGAGAUAAUGGAAUGGUCAA